AUGAAGUACUUGGGUCACAAACGAGGCCCUUCUGUCCCCGUGGUGACCUCCGCCCAGCACCAGCUGCCCAUGCUACAUCUACAGGAUACCAUGCGCAACCACCUCACCGUGAUGCUUGGCGAAUUCGUCGGAACAUUUCUGUUUCUUUUCUUCGCCUUUGCAGGAACCCAGGUCUCCAAUACCCCCAAGCCGGUCGAGGGCGCCCUACCUAAUACUGCCAAUCUUCUCUACGGUUCAUUAUCCUUCAGCUUCUCACUCAUGGUGAAUGUAUGGGCCUUUUAUCGCGUCACAGGAGGAAUGUUCAACCCUGCAGUCACCCUGGCCCUAUGCGUUGUUGGGGGCAUGUCGCCUCUCCGUGGUGUACUUGUCUCUGUUGCUCAGCUUCUCGCGGGCAUUGUCUCGGCGGGUGUCGUGAGCGCCCUAUUCCCUGGGGAGUUGAAUGUAACGACGCGACUAGGUGGCGGGACAUCUAUCUCGCAGGGGCUAUUUAUUGAAAUGUUCCUCACAGCUCAGCUGGUCUUUAUUGUUAUCAUGCUGGCGGUGGUUAAGCAUAAGUCAACAUACCUGGCGCCGGUCGGGAUCGGACUGGCCUUUCUUAUAACCCAGAUGACCGGCGACUAUUACACCGGUGGCUCGCUGAAUCCCGCUCGCUCACUCGGUCCGGAUGUAGUCAACCGGGAAUUCGCCAGCUACCACUAUAUUUAUUGGCUUGGACCGCUGAUGGGGUCGCUACUGGCGUGCGGAUUCUUCACCUUACUGAGGAAGUUUGAGUAUGAGACAGCUAACCCGGGACAAGACUUUAAUGAGUGGGAAGCUAAGAUGGGGUCAGGGUCGUGGGAUGAGGCGAUGGGACGGCCUUCAUCGGCGGGUUCGACGACUCUGCGGCCGUUUUCGCCGCGUGAAAAUGGCAAGAGUAGCGUGCAGCAUGGAGACCAGGCAGUUUAA